UGAGUGAUCUCAUGCUCUAGAUACCUUCUUCUUCUUCUUCUUCUUCUUGUUCCUCUUUCCUCUCUCCUCCUGCCUCUCUCUAGGAUCUUCGCCUCUCAUGCUCUUUUAGAGAGAAGAGAGAGAGAGAGGGAGAGAGAUUUCUUAUAUGCAAGCUAGGCACGUGUGCAUGCAAGCAGCUGAUCAUGAGCUGCAUCGAUUCUUGAGGUCAAAGCCUCAACAAGCUCUGCAGAAGAUAAUUGAAGAGAGAGAACUGAACGAGAGAUUUAUUCAAGGAGAUUUAUUUUUGACAUCUACUCAAGAAGAAUUUUAGUUGGUGGCCACAAGUGCACAUACGUACACAUAUAGCCAAGACCUUGCCAUCGACCGAUAUAUACGAGCCGUCGAUCGAGAUGGCAGCGUACUACCAUGGCGGCGCCGGCACGGACAUCCACCAGGCCGGCAGCGACGGCCUGCAGACACUCUACCUGAUGAACCCGAGCUACGGCGCCGGCGGCUUCGGCGACGCCGCGCCCUCAGGGACCAACAUGAUGUUCCUCAACUCGGCAGUUAGCUCCAUGACCCCGGCGUCUUUCGGCGCCCACCAGGCGUCGCCGUCGUCGGGGCAACACUUCGUCGGCAUCCCUCUCCAGGCGGCCCCUUCGGGAUACAACCUAUGGACCCCGGCCACGACCAGCGGCACCGAUGUCAUGUCGCCGCCAACGCAUCAGGCUCAUGGCGUGAGUGCCGUGCUCAGCCUGUCGUCCCGCGAGACGCCGCCUGUCACGGUUGCCGCCGUAGCCGGCGACGAAGGGAGGUACCAACAGCUUGGGGUGACCACGGCGGCGUCGCAGGGGCAGAUGGUGAUGAACUCCAAGUACCUCAGGGCGGCGCAGGAGCUGCUCGACGAGGUGGUGAGCGUGAGCAAGGGCGUAGACGACGUCGAAGCCGCCAGGGCCGCCUCCGCAGCCAAGAGUGCUGCGUCGGUGAGGAAGAAGGAGGAUUCCGAAGGCAUGUCCGGUGGCGGUGGGGAGGAUGGUGCCGGCGGGUCGAAGAGCAGCGGCGCACCGGAGAUGUCUACGGCCGAGCGGCAGGAGCUGCAGAUGAAGAAAGGGAAGCUGGUUAACAUGCUUGACGAGGUGGAGCAGCGGUACCGGCAGUACCACCAGCAGAUGGCGUCGGUGUCGUCGUCGUUCGAGGCGGUGGCGGGGGCCGGGUCGGCGCGGACGUACACGUCCCUGGCGCUGCGCACCAUUUCGCGGCAGUUCCGGUGCCUCCGCGACGCGAUCGCGUCGCAAGUGCGGGCGGCGUGCCGCGCCCUGGGGGAGGAGGACGCCGACAUGGGCGCCGGCGGCGGGCGCGGCGUCGGGUCCAGGCUCCGGUACAUCGACCACCAGCUCCGGCAGCAGCGGGCGCUGCAGCAGCUGGGCAUGAUGCAGAGCAGCGCGUGGCGGCCCCAGCGCGGCCUCCCCGAGCGCUCAGUCUCCAUCCUCCGCGCAUGGCUCUUCGAGCACUUCCUCCACCCAUACCCCAAGGAUUCGGACAAGAUCAUGCUCGCCAAGCAGACCGGACUCACCAGGAGCCAGGUGUCGAACUGGUUCAUCAACGCGAGGGUGAGGUUGUGGAAGCCCAUGGUGGAGGAGAUGUACCUGGAGGAGACCAAGGAGAAGCAGGAGGGCGGUGCCGCCAAUGCCGACGAGGCGGGGAGGUCCGGCCCUAGCGGCAAAGCGGACGUCAAUGACGGCGCGAACGAGACGCCGAGAUCAAUGGCCAGAGCGUCUGCAGUAGGCACGGAGGGCGGAUCCAAGCUCGAUGGAGGCGGUGCCGUUCACGCGUCCCUGCUCGGCCUCACCGGGGACCACCGGGUGCCGAUGGGGUUCUACGACGCCGAGGAGGAUGAGGACGAAGGGCUUCAGGGCCGCGGGUUCAAGAAGGCGAGGGCAGCCAACGUCGAGCAGCAACAGCAGCAGCCGCCGCCGUCGUACGACGUGGCCGCGCUGCACCACGCGCAGGCCGCGGCCGCCGCGGCCGCGAGGCAGCAGCACGACGAGGUGAGCCACCGGGAGCUGCUCAUGAAGUUCAUGGAGAGCGGCGCCGGCGCGAGGGACCACCACCAGCAGGACGACGUCGACGGUGGCGGCGGCGGGUACUCCCUGUUCGCGCCGAGCCCGUACGGGCAGUUCGGCUCGGACCAGGCGCCGUUCGCCUACGCCGGUCAGCACGGCGGCGUCUCGCUCACGCUCGGCCUACCCCACGGUGCCGGCGACCAGACGGCGUCGUUCCUAAUGGGAGGCGGCAGCAGCAACGGCGCCGACAACGGCGGCGCCACCGCCGGCUACGACAUGAACAUGCAGACCACAAAGUCCUUCGCAGCUCAACUCAUGGGAGACUACGUCGCCUAGUACGAAUAUAUCAUCAUACACAUAGCGCAAUCAAUUAAUCAAAACCCAAAAAAAAAUCGAUUAAUCAUUAAGUUAGGGCUUGUAUAGAAAUAAAAGGGUCAAGGCCUAGACAUGCAUGCUUAGGCUGCCAUGAACCUUAGACCUCUAUAGGUCAUUGGGGGUGUAACUAUGUAAACAAUGGGACAUUGUAUAUAGUUAUAGGUUAGUUAAGGUAGUUAAAACCCAAACAUUUCGAUUACAAGAUUUUAUAGGGAUAGUGGGGAUGGGGGGUAUACAAUACGUCACGGAGUAUAUAUGGGAACAUUGGAAAUUGGGAUCUUGGAAGUGUAUGCGGUAUAGUUGGUUAAAUUGAAAGAAUUGAGUAUUGGUUUUUGGA